UACUGCAAUGGAUCUAUUUUACGUCAUAUCAUGUCUUCUGACUCUUCAACUAGCGUUACUGCCGCAAAGGACUACAAUAUUUCGUCGUCAGAUAUGGAAACUUGAGGCCCAAUAUCUAUAUUUAUAUAAACUAUACAAAGUCUAGAGUUUGCUGGAUCAAGACAAAGGCGAUUCAUGCUAUAUAAAUAGCAGAGUCUCAUUUCUGUGCGGUAAUAUCAGUGGAAGAAAAAUGCUUGCCAGAACUGUUCUCUUCUUAGAACGGCCAACAACAAAGGCUAUUUGUCAGCCAAGAAAACUCUUGUGGUUUUUCUGGGUAAACGUGGGUAUGCCUUAUGCAAAUAGCCGUAUUAUUCCUCUGGUAUUAUGUCUUUCUUUUCAUACUUGUAGUGACGUACUUCCAUCCUGGACCUGGAGACGGUGCUUUUGCAGAAAAGGACUAUGGAGCUCUCAAUAAGGUUUUUAUUGACUACCAAAACAAACGUAACAGGUCAGCACAGAUACUUUAUUGACUAUAUACCUGCAUAGUUGUUACAGAACUAGCAAUGAGACUGAAUAAAUGACACCAGACUCUAAAAAGAAAGGGGCGUGGCUAGCGAGACUAGGCUCGGACUCCAAACUGUCGUUUGCGCCGAAACCGGAAAAGCAACCUGCAAACCGACGUCCAGUGAGUGCACAUCAUUGCAGUCUCGGAGGCAGCAGGUUUGAAAUCAGUCUAAUUCGUUGACGGUGAGUUUUGCGUCUGUCGUCUAUUCUCUGACGAUUGACGCAAGUCUGAUAUUGUGGAUCACGUGCCGCCCUAGAUCAACCGGCUACUCACAGGGUUAGGAACACUGAGAAUAUACUGAUGCAAUAAUGAACAAGCUGUUGGCUCGGUAUGCUCAAGCCGGAGAGUUAUCUUACACUGACAUAAUCCGUCGAGUAGUUCUAACACUUAAGAGCGAUCUCACUAGCUGGGGUCUUCACCUUGAUUCUAUUUCUGAGCUCACGGGAGCUCGUCCCGGAGCAACUCCACGUUUCAUUCCUGCAGGACGAACUCUCGCAACUGCUAAUCCCCAAACGGGUGCUAUACUGCCUAAUUGCACAGUGCUCAGGUUCGACUCACCAGAGAGGAAACCUCUCCUUCAACAGACAGUUGGAAUUGGAACGAAUUUUGACGAGGCCAAGUCUGAGGACGAUCUGGAAAGAAUGCUAAGAAAAGCAGCUUCUGAACCACAGGCUGACGGCAGCGGGAGGACACCUGGUCUAAUGGGGACUUUGCAUUGGAAACAUCCAGCUGCCAGAAAAUUUGUGAGCUGCAAAACACAGCCAGGUCACGGUCUCCGGAACUUCAAUCUUUCUCUACUUGUGGACAACAGCUCGUUCUUCAGAGAACCGUUGUCUAAGUUUUCUGCACUGUGUGCAUGGGAAUGCGGCGAUCCUGGCAUUUUGUUCACGAACAGAAUAAACAGCGAGCGCGCGAGAGGCAGGAAUAUGGAAGAGAUGACGGCUACCGCGCCUUGUGGAGAGCUCUUUUUGCACGAGCGAGAAGUCUGCACUCUGGGAAACCUAAAUCUUACGGCAUACGUUUGCGACAGCAAAUUCGACCUAGGAGGUGUAGCGAGAGAUGUUGAUCUUGCGGUCCGAUUUCUCGAUUGCGUCAUAGAUCAUUACUCUCUUCCCUCGUCAGCUAUGCGAGACGUCACCAAUAAGUUGCGUCGGAUUGGACUGGGCGUUAUGGGAUGGGCCACAACCUUGAAGUCACUCGGCAUUGACUAUUCGUCCAGCGAAGCAUUGGACCUUGCGUCUUCGGUAGCUUACGUAAUGAGAAAAACAGCCGACCGCUGCAGUCGAGCCUUGGCUAAUGAGAAGGGAUGUGCAACGGCCGCGUGUGCUGGAAGACGAAACGUCACUUGCUUGGCUCUUCCUCCCACAGGAGGCACGGCACCCCUGAUCGGGGUCUCGUACGGCAUCGAACCGGAGUUCAACGAGGCUCAUCGCAUAUCACCACUCGAUCACAUCCGAAUGCAAGCGGCGUGGCAGAAACACAUCGACGCUGCCGUGUCCAAAACGGUAAACUUGCCGAGUACCUCGACUCCUUCAGAUGUCGAGGAAGUGUUUCAGAUGGCAUGGAAGUUUGAUUGCAAAGGAGUGACCGUUUAUAGAGACAAUGCCACAGUGGAGGCUGCCGCUUGUAGCACCGAGUGUGCAAAACCGUUCAUUCUCCAAGAUUCUACUGCUCUUUGGAAUUAAUUAUUAUUAACUGUUUGAUUAAUGAUGGACCAUCACGGUCAACAGACUAAUUUCGCACGCAAAUGUCGAUCAAUUGUUGGUAUCAUGCAUGCAUUGUAUACUCAAAUUGCUUGUUUUUGCUUUUGUGUGCAUACCUUCCAUUUUUUCAUUAUUUUUUUUAUUGAAAAUUGGCACGCAAGGUAUGUGUUUUGUUAAUGUGUGUUUAUGCAGACACAUUGUCAAUUAUUGUAUAGGAUAUUGGAAAUGCGCGGAAGCUGGCCUGUUUAUAUAAA